AUGGAACACAGGUAUAACGUGUUUAAUGACACUCCGCGAGGGGACCAUUGGAUGGGCCAUUCUGCGUCAGAAUCACCAUAUCCAUCAUAUAGUGGCCGUCCCAAUGUUAACACAACACGACGUUUUCAAUAUAAUGACGGUGAACCUAACAAAGAAAAUCCAGUUUUACGUUCAAGCGAAUUUGAAAAUGCAGAAAAUACCAAUUUGAGGGAUGAAAAACCUAGGAUAUUCAAGCGUGACAGCAAAGACCGCUACACCAGUGAAGAUGACAGAAAGGUCGGUUUUACUUCAUUGCCCCUGAUAUCCACCGACGUUUUAGAGAUUUCCAAACAAAGGACUCUUGCAGUGGUGUUGUUUUUAAUAAUUCAAUGCUACAAAAUAUAUGAUUUGAUAAUAUUAAAAUCUGGCUUACCAAUACCUGGUUUAUUGUUCAAGAACUAUCGAUUUAAUUUCAUAUCCAAAUACUUCAUUGUGGAUUCCUUAUUUUUGUAUAUUUUACCAUCCUUUAAUAUUCCUAGACUGACUUUUAAGCCAUGGAUGGUGUAUCUCCAGGUCUUAACGAUGACAGCAUUGAGUGUUUUUAUAUCAAGUGAUCAUGAAUUUGUUCUUAUUUCAUUGAUUGUGACAACCUGGAGAAAAUUCUAUACAAAGGAAUUGAGCGUAACAGGCUCAUCCAUCAAUCAUCGUCGUAUUGUUGACUCUUCCGCCCAUUUUAAGGGUGCUCUGACAAUUAAGAUCCUGCCCGAAAAUACCGCUAUGUUCAACCCUUUACAUGAAUCAUUUUGUUUGCCAAUGGAUACCAGUCUUUUCAAAGUUAACUCCGUUAACAUUCCUAUAAGAAUAAACUCAACUGAAGAAAUAGAUCUCAUUGAAUUAGAAUACAGAGAUCUUUAUACAAAUGCAGUAGAACAGCGUUCCUUAACCAAGAAAGACUUCAAAGUCAUCAAUAACCCCAAGACCCUUCUGAAGAAAGAUGAUUCGAUCUUAAAACCUCAUACAAACGAUUUUGAGGAGGAUAGCACUAUUCGUUAUUUGAGUUUAACGCUUCAGGAUAUUGGAUUUUAUCAAAUUAAAAAAAUUGUUGAUUCUAAAAAGCUAAAUUUAAAGAUUUACCAAUCACACCUAAUUAUUCCACACUGUCCAAUUGCUUCAAUUACGGGAACGGGGGGCAAUGAUAGAUGUAUAGGUGACUCGGAUAAUGUUUCCCUUGAGAUUCAAGGUGUGCCUCCUAUGAAGCUGGCAUACUCUAAGAUCGUUAACGGUCAAACUUUUUCCUUUGUAGACUCUAGUUUACAACCAGAAUACUUCGAAUCACCCUUACAAUCAAGUAAACCGAGACAAAGUUUCACCCAAGAUGAAUUAAAUGAUUUGCAAUGGGGUAGAAAUCAACCUGUUAAUAUUGAUUUAGACUCCUCAAUUACACAAGACGGUAAAUACGCAUAUAUGGUUGAUAAACUGAUUGAUGGUUUAGGAAAUGUGAUGGACUUCACAAGUUUUCCAGAAGAUCUGAAGAAACAUCAUGGUUUAUCCUAUAAUUUUAAUGUUCAUGGAAUUCCACGUGUGGCGCUAGAAGAAAGAUUUGAUUCUAAGUCACCCACAAAAAGAUCGAUUGCCAUAGUAUUGGAAGAAAGCAAAAACUGGGGUUCAGACAUUCCAUAUGUUGUUAGCUUAUCAUAUGCAGACACACAAGACAAAUCGAAAAAGGAAAUGAAUGUCACCACGGAAAUGUUGACUAAAGUGUUUCAGGCCGAUCUUCCAGGUACUUACAAUUUAGAAUAUAUUGAAUCCAAGUUUUGUCCUGGUGUAAUCGUUGGAAAAUCAAGUGUUCUGGUGACAAUGCCAGUCGCACCAAAUAUGGAGGUUAAAUCAUCACCAAUUUUGGACCAAUGUGUAGGACAGGUAGGUUUAAAUUUUGAGUUGUCAUUUACCGGUGCUCCACCCUACUAUUAUAAUACUAAAAUUUAUAAGCUUGAAAACGGCGAAAGAAAACUAUAUGAUGCAAAAAGAUAUACUUCUGAAGGCACCAGAAAUCACUUCAGUUACAGUCCAUCCAGAGAAGGUAACUAUGAAAUCGUAUUUGACAACGUUUCUAAUAAACUAUUUACAGAACCUAUCAAAUUGGAGCCUGUUAAAGAUUAUACUUUCAAAACUUCAAUGAGAGUGAAACCAAGCGCAGCAUUAAAAUUACAUCAUGACUUAAAGCUUUGCUUAGGCGAUUAUAGCAACAUUCCUGUGGCACUAAAAGGCCAAGGUCCUUUCGCAUUGACAUAUGAAAUUAUAGAAACGUUUUCAAGUAGAAGAAAAACUUUUCAAAUUGAAGAUAUUAAAACUAAUGAAUAUGUCAUUAAAACUCCUGACUUCACUACCGGUGGUGACUAUAUUUUAUCUUUGGUUUCUAUCAAGGAUUCUUCUGGUUGUUUAGUAGGCCUCAGCCAACCAGAUGCCAGAAUAAAAGUAAGAAGAGAUAUUCCAUCGGCAACGUUUAAUUUCUUCGAGUCUAUUAAGGAAUCCAGAAUCAAGCACGGCUCUGUGACCGAAAUACCCCUCAAAUUAAGUGGAGAAGGACCAUUUACUGUUAAAAUUAGACACAUGGAUUACGAUGGAAACGCUCUGGAAGAGUUUGAAAAUAAAUUCCAAAACAGUUACAAACCGGCCUUGAAAGUGACUAAAGAAGGGCUGUACCAGUUAGUUGAUAUUCGUGACUCAAGUUGUCAAGGUAAAAUAACUAACGAGAAUAGCACGUUUAAAGUAUCUUUCUUAGAGAAACCAAGUUUCGCUAUCCAAGAUAACCAUCGUAUUACUAGAUUGACAAAUAAUUUAUUCGCUAAAGAAGAAGUAUGUCAAGGAAUGGAAGGCACUGUUGAUUUGGCGUUAUAUGGCUCGCCCCCAUUCAUAUUGGAAUACGAUUUGAUGGCUCCUAAUGGUCACAUUUUCACAAAAAAAAUUCAAGUAACUACCAAAUAUGCUUCUUUAAAACUACCUAAUCAAGUUCCUGGAGAAUAUAUAACCACUAUUAAGGCCAUUUACGAUGGCAACUAUGGCGAAACUGAUAGGCAUUUUGAAGAGUACCUACCAGAACUUGUAAUUAAGCAGACAGUACAUCCUAUUCCUGAUGUUACUUUUGCUGAUGGGGGUAAAACCUUACGCGCGUGUGCUGCCAACUUAGACCAGAUCUCAUUUUCAGAACCAAUUAAUUUGAAAUUUUUGCAAGGUGAAAGUCCAUUUUCAAUUACAUUUAGCGUUUAUCACGAGAGUACAAGUAGAACAGAUCAAUAUACCAUCGGAGAAAUUGACUCGGAAAACUUUUUGUUCGAAAAGCUAUACGAAGGCAUGAAAUUAGGUAACCAUGCAAUAAGUAUUGACUCUGUCGUUGAUGCAAAUGGAUGCAUAAACAAUGUUAUAACUGGAUCAAGUAACCAAAUUUUCGUUUCCAUUACUGAUGCGCCAAAGAUCCACUUAUUAGAUCCUUCCAACGAAUAUUGUGUGGGUGACUAUGUGGCAUAUCAAUUAAAUGGUGUAGCUCCAUUUAUGGUAAAAUAUGACUUCAAUGGCGUUCCUUUGAAAUCUAAGGAGCGCAGCUCCCAAUUUAUUAGAUUGGCGUCUGAGCCAGGUGUCAUAUCCAUCAAUUCAUUACAAGAUUCAUCAUCACAAUGCAUAGUCGAUUUUACGAACCCUGGUCUGAAAAGUGAAUUUAAUGAUUUAUCAUUAACUAUACACCCAAUUCCUUCAGUCACUGUAUCUCAAGGGAAUUACAUUACUGAGGACAUUCGAGAAGGUGACCAGGCUGAAGUGAUAUUUUCACUUGAAGGUACACCACCAUUCUGCUUAACUUAUGUAAGGACAGAAGAAACAGAUGGUAAACAUGGCAAGAAAAGAUCCCAGGUUGUUGAAACGCACAAGGUCACUGAUAUAUAUUCUAAUGAAUACAAGGUAGUCACAAGCUUGCAAGGUACCUACGAAGCGAUUGAAAUUACAGAUGCUUAUUGCUUUGCCAAAAAUGAUCUCUUCUUCAAUAACUGA